CGAGAACGUCGGAAAAUGGACACCCCCAGACUCGGACCCAGACAAUACUGCCGGAGUCGGUGACGGACUUGCCCCCAGACUGUCCAUUAGCUCUUCCUGAUCGGCACAGUGCAGUCACAGUCGCAUGUCUCUACCUCACUCGAGCUUCUUCCCGACCAGUUCCAUAGACCAUGCAGCAGCGGGUCUCGGAGCGGGCGUUGUCGCCGUCUUAUGCAUGCACCCUCUCGACCUUUUGAAGGUCAAGCUACAGGUCGCCACCACAAACCCACAGGGUGGAAUCGGAACCGCCAUAUGGAACGCUCUGCGCAAAAUUCAUGCAACUGAAGGAUGGAGAGGGUUGUACCGGGGCGUAGGACCAAAUAUUGCAGGGAACGCCUCGAGUUGGGGACUCUAUUUUCUUUUUUACGACAUGCUGAAGAAGCGGUCAUACAGAGACGACCCGGAUCAUAGGAUGUCCCCGGGAGCAUACCUGCUCUGUUCCGCUCAAGCGAGCGCGGUCACAGCUAUAAUUACUAACCCUAUAUGGGUCGUAAAAGUGCGCAUGUUUACGACGCGUGCCGAUUCACCAACAUCCUACCUAAGCCUUUCACAUGGUAUUUCCUCGAUAUGGAGGCAAGAGGGCUUCUCUGGUUUGUGGAAAGGGACUAGUUUGGCUUUGGUCGGUGUGAGCAACGGCGCGGUGCAGUUCAUGGCAUACGAAGAGAUGAAACGAUGGGGUUUCGAACGAAAACGAAAACAGUUUGCAAAGGCCGGAAAGGUGAUGGGACCGGAGGACGACAAGCUCUCGAAUGUAUCUUAUACUUUUAUGUCAGGUGCGAGCAAGAUAUGGGCGCUUGCGCUUACCUAUCCAUACCAGGUCAUCCGCUCUCGAAUACAGAACAAUGCCACAAUUCGCCUAUAUCCUAACAUACCGACCACCAUCAAACGCACUUGGCAAGGCGAAGGGAUUCGUGGGUUUUAUCGUGGGAUGGGGACGAACCUCGUGCGCGUUCUUCCUGGAACUUGCGUCACUUUUGUUGUAUACGAGAACCUUGCAUGGUUAUUACGGACAUCUGCAGCGCGCAGGGAGGCAAAGAGACGAACAUGAAUAUCGAGGAGCAUUAAUCCACAAAAUUAUAAUAAUGCGUCGCAAUAUUAGAAAAGUCGCUCUCUCUUAGAGUCAUUUUUAUCUCGAGUUUCGUCAUCCCAUGGUCCAUGGAUAGAUACAUCAAUGAGGACGGCCUUAACAGGGUUUGGUUAAA